AUUCACAUCAUUCAAACAUCCAGUCCCAACUUUUCGGCACGCCAUCAAAAUCAGAAAAAUUUCCAACAUAUCUUCACAAAAUUUUGGAGUUUGUGUUUAGGGCCAGAAAAUUUCAAAAUUCACCUUUAACAUAGAUAUAAAAAAAAUAAAAACUUCUCAUUUGGUGUAGAUAUUGUAGUGUUGUCCAUCUAGAUUUAUGGCUUUUAAAUAAAAUGGACAAAGCGGAGAACCCCUCUCGACUUGCAGACAACUUCCUGUACAUGCUGGAGUUUGUGGUGGACGAUCUUUUAAUUACUCGGCCGAAUCUCUGUGCCCCGGAGGAGUAUCCCACUUGCACGGAGAUCACGUUCCGCUCGAUUUUCCUGAAUAUACGCGAUCGGGAGGAUGGUAAAUGUGUCUCGCCGUGCUCUCCAAAGAGCGGAAAGUGCACCCUGUUCACGCUGGACUCGCCGAUUACGGACGAAGAUGUGAUGCACAUCCAUGUCUAUAAGAAACGCACCGAGAGCUGCAAGUUCCUCCUCGGAUUGACGGAGCUGCCGAUGAAGCCGAUCUUCGACCGGGUGAAGAAGGAGUUCGAUUUCCAGAACACAAACUGGGAGGAUAACGUGAUGACGCACGUCUCACGAUUGCCCAGGAUCAGGGGUCCCUGCAAGAAGACCAAUGACUGCGUUACCUGCUACGAGAAGCACCGGGAGCGCCGCGAGCAAUGGUGUCCCACCUCGGAGCUGACAAAGCGGAUGCUGCCCCUCUUCAAUCUCUGCAAGAUGCAGACCGGCAACAUAGUCCUGAUCCUGAGACUGGUGUGCAAUGGUCCCUCCGUCGUCUCCUCCUUCCCCGUCCAGAGUCCCAAGUGCAAGAAUCCCAACUGCCCUGGCUGCUGUCCUGCCCCUGCGGUAUGGCCGGCUCCCUGUCCCUCGCCAUUCGAUCCCUGCGAUCCCUGCAAGUCCAUCAAAACAAAGAAAGCGUAGGGAGGAGGUACAGCCGGGAUUCUACAUUCCGUUGUCAUCCAGUAAUCUUGAGAUAUCUUCAAUAUCCGUCAAGGAACCCGCUGAUUAACUAUGAUAUGUGACUAAGUACCAAUCACAUUACAUUUUAUAAAAAUAAAUAAAUACUUUGUAAUUUUCUACAUCAA